CGCGCAAGCGUAUCGGAGCCACAGACCUCCGGAUUUCGGCACAGGUUCCCGAGAAUGAGUGAACUGGAGGGUCGCUCUGCUGUGAAGACUCUUGUCCAGCGCACACCCACUGUCGGUAGCGCGUCUCCUGUUCGCCUUUGCUGGUCCAUUCCCAAUCCUCGUUUUCUCGGCUGCCUCCUCAAAACGUUUUUUCGGUUUCUUUCUUUCCUGCCUCUGCCGGUGAACAGACCACGUGUCUCGAAACCCCCCGCGCUUUGAAAGUGAAGACAAGCCGCCCCCCUCUUCCUUGCAUGCUUACGGCGGAGCAAGAAGCUGUGUGAGGAUCUCCCCAAAGAAACAGAAUGGCACAGCGUUUACAGCUCUUUGGUGUUUGGACCUACGCACCCGCUUGCUGUCUGCUUCUCUGCCCUCGUGUCGCCUUUCUUUCGACCCCUCGCGCCUGUUCUCAGAGCGCUCUCUGGACUACAGCAGCGAGGCUUCUUACCGUGCCGUAGCUUUGCAGAACCUGCCUUUCCGACCACCCCACUGCUUGUCGCACGUUCUUCUUUACCUUCCACUUUUUUUCGUCGUCUCUCUUUUCUCUUCCUUGUGCCCUCCUGUCGCCUCUGUCCCACAUGGCUUCUUCUGACGGCGCGGCGACACUGCGCAGAAGCGCAUUUGCACGCGCCUUCUUUGCAGGUAAAACGGCACAAUAACUCCAUGUCUUUCAGUCGAGGCGCUUCGUCAGAAGACUCGAAUCCCCGACUCUCUGCACUCUUGAGAGCUCUCCUCUCCUUGGAAUUCAGACGCCGUACGGGCGACUGCAUCACCGUCGCCUCUUCUGCCUUCCCCGCGUCGCUUGGUUUGCCUGCCCUCUCCUCCGUCUCUCUCCCCCUUGACCUUCACCUGUGCUCCUCUCCCCUUUCUUCUUCUUCACGGCUUUUUCUCGUGUGUCGUCUGUCUCCCUCUUGCGUGUGUCAACGGCCGCUCUUUCUCUCUCUCUCUGGCGAGAAAAAAUGUACAUCGAGGCAAUUGUUCUCGAGGGCUUCAAGUCCUACUCGAAUCGCGUCUACGUCGGCCCUCUCCAUCCCCAGUUCAAUGCCGUGACCGGACUAAAUGGAACAGGGAAAUCGAACAUCCUCGACUCAAUCUGCUUCGUCCUCGGCAUCACCAACCAUGCUCUGGUUCGCGCAACGAAGCUCGACGAUCUGGUGUACAAGCAAGGUCAGGCAGGCGUAACGAAGGCCACAGUCACCCUGAAAUUCCGCAAUGAUCCUCACCAGCAAAACAACCCUCUCCCUUUCCCCUACAGGGAAAUGCCGGAAAUCACGAUCACUAGACAGAUUGUCAUUGGCGGACGUGACCGGUAUCUUUUGAACAGCCGGAACGCCCAGCUGAAAGAAGUUCGCGACUUUUUCCACUGCUGUCAAAUGAACAUCAACAGCCCCCACUUCAUGAUUCAGCAGGGCAAGAUCACGAAGGUGAUCAACAUGAAGCCGAAGGAAGUUUUGGGGUUGAUUGAAGAAGUUUCAGGGACGCGGAUGUACGAACUGAAGCGCGGAAACGCCGUCAAACUCAUGCAGAAAAAGGAACAAAAGCUGCAAGAAAUUUCAGUCGUUCUGCGAGAGGAAAUCGAACCGACCAUCGAACGCCUGCGGAAAGAGAAGCAAGAGUACUUCAACUUCGUUUCCAUGAAGGAAGAGAUGCAGCGUUUUCAACGCUUCGAUGUCGCCUAUCGCUUCUACAGCGCGAAGCAACUUCUCCAACAAGGCACUUCGGACUUCGAUGAACUGACUCAGAAGAAAGCGGAGAUCGAAGCUCAGAUUGCAGAGUGCGACCGGGAGACUGCUGCGGCGCAGAAGCAGCUGGAAGAUGUCGACACAGAGCGUGAGAAACUGGACGGACCCCUGCAGCGCGUGCGACAGAAGAAGGAAGAAGUAGAGAAGCUGCUGGCGAAGCGGCACUCGGAGGAGAAGACUGCGCGGCGAGACUUGAAAUUGUUUUCGGACGCUCUGGAGGACUUGAAGAAGGAGGAGCAGAAGUUGGCCAAGAAGCUGGCGGAGAAGCGAGCCUCGCGUCUGUCGGAGACGAGUCACGCGGAGGCUGCAGAGGAAGAAGUGAAGCGUGUGAAAGAGGCGCUGGAAAAUGCAGAAAAGAAGCUCGAGGGCCUUUCGACUGGAGGCGCAGAGGCCGGCGGCGGUGCGUCUUUGCGCGAGAAGCUGAAGCAGGCGAAGACGAAGGCAGCCCAACUCGAAGCUGAAGAAGAGGACUUGAAAACCGAGCUAAAACAUGUCGACGAAGAACUUCGACAAGUGCGAGCAAAACUUAACAAAAGCGGAGAGAGUGCAGCACAGAUGACGACUCAGCGUGAUGCAGCCGCAGCGCGGGUGGCGGCUCUGGAGAAGCAGCUCGCGGCAGAGGCGGUCGACGAAGAGAAACUCGCAUCGCUUCGAGAGGAAAUGAAAUUGUGCCGCCGAGAAAUCGACGCGGCUAAGCACGAGGCGCAAGAGUCCCAACACGAGCUGAACUCCUGGUCUAAGAUCGCCGUGCGGCUUCCCCGCGGCAUGCAUCCUCACAAGCUCCACGGGCAAGUUUUCGAGCUCGUUGAGUUGAAAAAUGACUACUUGGAUUUUGCCAAGGCUCUCCAGCUUCUUGUGGGCGGGAAGCUCGAGUACGUCGUCGUGGAAGAUAAAGACGCAAGCAAGGCUAUAUUCAAAGAAAACAACUUUGCAAGCAGCCGGCGUCGCGUUACGCUCUUGCCUAUCCAAGAUUGCCAAGUCGGAAAAAUAUGCGAUACAGCGACUCUUUUCCAAAACCGGCGACUAGUCGGUCUCUCUCAGGACGACCCUCGCGUCCUCCGGUGCCUGGACGUAAUUGAUUUCGACGCCAAUCGACACGAGAAGGUCGCUCUCUACACCUUUGGAGGCAGUCUGAUUUGCGCCACUGCCGAGAUGGCUGAGAAGAUAACGUAUCAACCGAACAAGCGGCAGGCGUUCCCCACUGUCACGGUGGAGGGCGACGUAUUCCAGACGGGAGGCGUCAUGGCUGGUGGCGGCUCUGGUCAUGUGAAGGAGACUCUGCUCCUCUGGAAGAACUUUAAGCGCUGUUCCCAGAUGAGUCAGGAACUCGAGGAGCGCGCCAGACAAAUCGACUUUUACUUGCAGCCCAUGGAGCAGACCGUGCAGCGUCGCACGCGGGUCACUCGCGAGCUUCGCUUGGCACAAAACGAGUUACACAACAUCGAGCAAUUGAUGGCGACGAGCUCCGCGGGCAGCGAGAUGGCCCGGGCGCAGCAGCUCGAGGAGCGGCGGCGCGACUGCACGAAGAGGAAAGAAGAAGUCGAGGCGGAGAAGGGAAAAGUUCUCGCAGAGGUGCAGCAGCUCGAGGCGGAUGUUUAUGAACUGGAGCACAACCGAGACAAACUGGAGGCGUCUCUGAAAAAGGAGGUGAAGGUUCUCCGCCAGCGCCUCAAGAGCCUCGAGGCGUCUGUGAACACAUUGCAAAAGGAAAUCGGGAGUUUCCGCCAGGAACUGAUGACUCUCGAGAAAGAUCUGCAGUCUGUUCAAGAAGACAUUGAAAAACGGACGCAAGGCCUCGCCGACCUGCAGAAGGCGAUCGAAGAAAAAUCGAAACUCGUCGCAGAACAGAAAGCGAAGGUCGAGGACGUGCGCAAGGAAAUUGAACUUUGUCUCUCUGAGGCGGCGCAGUCCGACAAGAAGCUCGGCGAGUUGACAGGGAAGCUGAAGAAGCUCCAGAAAAACAAAGACCAUCUUCUCUUGACGCUGAAGAAGCAUCAACACCUCAUGAACGACAGAGAGAAAAACAUCGGCGCGGCGCGCCAGGAGAUGGAGGCUCUGCAACGCGCCAACGACUGGCUGCAUGCAGAGGAGCGCAAAUUCAACCAGCCUGGCUCUGCGUACGACUUCCGCCAGCUCCGCCCCGAAACUGCGCGGCAGCGCCUGCAGGCGCUCCAAGUGGAGGUGCAGCGCCUGCAGAAGAGCGUGAACAGCGCGGCGGCGACUCUUUUGGAGAAGACAGAAAAAGAUUUGCUUGCGCUCGUCGAGAGAAAAACGCAAGUGGAAAAUGACAAGGCGAAAAUCGAGGCUGUGAUUUCCGAGCUGGACAUCAAGAAGCGCCAGAGUCUGGAGACCACAUGGCUGCAAGUGAAUGAAAAUUUCACGGGGAUUUUUGAGCAGCUGCUGCCGAACGCCCAGGCGAAACUCGCGCAAGUCAAUCCGCGAGACCUCAUGGACGGCCUCGAAAUGCGAAUUGCGUUCAACAAAAGAUGGAAGGAGUCUCUUGCUGAGCUAUCGGGCGGACAGCGGUCUCUCCUCGCGCUGUCCUUGAUCCUCGCUCUGCUCAAAGUCAAGCCUGCGCCGGUGUACAUUCUCGACGAAGUCGACGCGGCGCUCGACCUUUCGCACACACAAAACAUCGGAAGCAUGAUCAAAACGCAGUUCCCAACUUCUCAGUUCAUCAUAGUGUCUCUCAAAGAAGGAAUGUUUUCACACGCUGACGUUCUGUUCAGAACUCGGCUUAUCGACGGAGUUUCAAACGUGGAGAGACACGCCUUGGCGGAGAGGCCACAGCGCCGAGACGGUACAAGCGCUUCGGACGACGCGGCGGGAAGUGCACGGAAGAAAUUCAGAAAACAUGCUCGGGGAGAAGACAGCGGUGAAGACGGCCCGAACUAGCCGGUCUUACUGAAGAAAAGCGAAAGGAAAAGAGCUGGUAUAUACAUAUAUAUAUAUAUAUACAUAUAUAUAUAUAUAUAUAUAUAUGCAUGCGUGCACAUACGCGCGUGUAUCUCUCGAUACAUUAAUAUGUAUGUAAAUGCAUGCGUAUGAGUGGAGCC